AUGUCUUCAGAGCAUCCUAAAGAGGAAUCAAAUUCACCUCAAAUUCCACCCACAAAAUUAGAAGAUGUUCCACCGUCUAUCUUGGCAAUUUCAAACCUUCGACUCCCGUCACCACCACCAAUUCUCAACAACGGAAAGUCAGGUAAGCCAUCAGUUUUAUCAUCACCUCCUGUGCAAACGUCAGUAGUUGAAAAAGAUUUUGAUCCAAGAUCUUCCACAGAACCAAACAGUCUUUCCCCUAAAUCUCAAUUUCCAGCCACAGUUACAGAACAAUUCGUAUAUAAGAAUGGAUCUGAGACAAGUUUGGACUAUUUGUUAUUUCCACCAAAAGAUAAUGCCCAUCAUAAAGCUCCAUCCGUUCAUGCCCAUUUCUCUGAAGAAACUCCUAGACCAGUCAAAUUAUUGAAUAGGUCAAGAAGUGGUUCUGGUUCUAGCAACACUCGUGCUUCUCCUGGUUUGAUAUCUGGAGAUGCAAGUAGAAGUCAAGAGAAUAUGUCUGCAAAGUCUGUGGGCUCAGCUAGUUCACUCGUGUCGUCUGGAAAACCAAGUGCUUCGGGCACGCCAUUGCCUGUUUUGGGUCCAAACGAACAAAAUGCCAAUAUAGAUCCUCGUCUUGCUCAAGAUGAUGGAAAGAUUCAUGUUUUACUUGGAGUUUGUGGUGCUUUGUCUGCUGUCAAAAUUAAACUAAUUAUCAGUAAAUUAUAUGAAAUAUAUGGUAUUGAUAAAAUAUCUAUUCAAUUAAUAUUGACAAAAGCAAGUGAGAAUUUUAUUUCUCAAGAAAUGUUAGCUAUUUUAGAAACAGUGAAACGAGUCCGUAUUUGGAGAGAUGAAGAUGAAUGGACCUGGAAGACUAGGCAGGAUCCAGUUUUACAUAUUGAAUUACGACGUUGGGCAGAUAUUUUGGUUAUUUGCCCCUUGACUGCCAACACACUUUCUAAGAUAUCAUUAGGUAUUUGUGACAAUUUAUUAACAAACGUGAUACGAGCCUGGAAUACAUCUUUCCCAAUAUUGCUAGCUCCAGCAAUGGUUAGUUACUCAUAUAACGCGAUAACAACAAAGAGACAAUUGAAAUUGAUUGCUGAAGAAAUGCCCUGGAUAGAGAUAUUAAAACCGCUGGAGAAAGUUGUUGGUAGUUAUGGAGAUAUUGGGAUGGGUGGAAUGAUGGACUGGAACGAAAUUGUAAACCGAAUAGUAAUGAAACUAGGCGGCUAUCCAGAAGAUGAAGAAGAGGAGGAAGAAGAGGAGGGGGAAGAUAACAGCAAAGAGAACAACGAUGAAGCUAUCAUUGAUGACGACGAAGAUGAGGAUGAUGAAGAUGAUGACGAGGAUGACGAAGGUGACGAUGACGAAGAUGUUGACGAUGAAGAAGAAGACGAGAUAGAAGAUGAAAACGAAGAGGCAGCACCCACAAAUCUGGUAGUGAAGGAGACUCCCAAGGAUGAUGGAAGUGUCCAAGGUAAUGAGGGGAUUAGACAAUGA